AAAAAUUACAAUCUCCCUGAUUAAUUUUACCUAAAGAAAUUAGAAAAUUGUUUAAUUCUUAAAGUCUGUUCCCCUACAGUAACUCAAUUAUAUUCAAUUAGUCAAUUAUUCAAUUAUUCAAUUAGUCAGUUCCUUAUUAUAUAUAUAAAAAAAAAAGACAAGUACUUUUCCAUUCAUUAAUUUAAUUUAAUUCUACGUUACUAGUUACUCAUUACUCAUUAAUCAUAGAAUGACUUCUUACUUACCCCAAGAAGAAUUCUCGGAAACAUCUCUAUACAAAUAUGAUGAAGUUCCAGAAAAUAAAUCUUGGGCUUCGGCUUUACCAGUAGCCAAGGGACUUUAUAAUCCAGAAUUAGAAAAAGAUGCUUGUGGUGUUGGUUUUACUUGUCAUUUAAAGGGGGUUCCAUCUCAUAAAAUUGUAUCUGAUUCAAGAAAUUUAUUAUGUAAUAUGACCCAUAGAGGAGGAGAAUUAAAUCCAAAAGAUGGUGAUGGAGCUGGUGUAUUAUCAUCAAUUCCUCAUAAAUUUUUAAAACGUGAAUUCAAAUAUCAUGCCAAUGUCGAUUUACCAAAUUCUGGUCAAUAUGGUACCGGUAAUCUUUUCUUUAAAAAAGAUGAUGCUGUAUUUGAAAAAUCAAAAAUUACUUUUGAAAAUAUCGCUCAAUCUUUAGGUUUAAAAGUUCUUGGUUGGAGAAAAGUUCCUCAUGAUUCUUCAAUUUUAGGUCCUGCUUCACUUUCAAGAGAACCUUAUAUUUUACAACCUGCUGUUAUUUUAUCAGAAUUAGCUGGUACUGAAAUUUCUGAUGAAGAAUUCUCAACUAAAUAUCAAAAGGAUUUUGAAAAGAAAUUAUUUAUUCUUAGAAAGCUAUCAUCUCAUACGAUUGGUUUACAUAAUUGGUUUUAUAUUUGUUCACUUUCAAAUAAAACCAUUGUUUAUAAAGGUCAAUUGGCUCCAAAUCAAGUGUUUGCUUAUUAUCAUGAUUUAGUUAAUUCUGAAUUUGAAGCUCAUUUUGCUUUAGUUCAUUCCCGUUUCUCAACUAAUACUUUCCCAUCAUGGGAUAGAGCUCAACCAUUAAGAUUAGCUGCUCAUAAUGGUGAAAUUAAUACUUUAAGAGGUAAUAAAAAUUGGAUGAGAUCUAAAGAAGGGGUUAUGUCAUCUAAAUUAUUUGGUGAAGAAUUAGAUAAAUUAUUUCCAAUUAUUGAAGAAGGUGGAUCUGAUUCAGCUGCAUUUGAUAAUGUUUUAGAAUUAUUAGUAAUUAAUGGUGUAUUAUCAUUACCAGAAGCAGUUAUGCUUAUGAUUCCUGAAGCUUGGCAAAAUGAUGAACAUAUUGAUCCAAAAAAGAAGGCAUUUUAUGAAUGGGCUGCCACAAUUAUGGAACCAUGGGAUGGUCCAGCACUUUUUACAUUUGCUGAUGAAAGAUAUUGUGGAGCUAAUUUAGAUCGUAAUGGUUUAAGACCUUGUCGUUAUUAUGUUACAGAUGAUGAUAGAAUUAUUUGUGCAUCUGAAGUUGGAGUUAUUGAAAUUGAACCUGAAAAAGUUUUACAAAAGGGUAGAUUACAACCUGGUAGAAUGCUUUUAGUUGAUACUAAAGAAGGUAGAAUUGUUGAUGAUCGAGAAUUGAAACAAAAGGUUGCUUCAAGAUAUGAUUUUAAAUCUUGGGUUAUUGCUAAUAUGAUUUCAAUGGAUGAUCUUUUAGAAAAAUUAGAUUCCAGAAAUGUUGAUCUUUCACCUCCAAUUGCUAGUAAAGAAUUUACUAUUCAAACAGAUCCUCGAUUAAUUGCCUUUGGAUAUUCUCAUGAACAAGUUUCACUUAUUUUAUCUCCUAUGGCAGAAGGUAAUGAAGCUUUAGGUUCAAUGGGUAAUGAUAAUGCUUUAGCAUGUAUUUCUGAACAACCUAAAUUAUUAUAUGAUUAUUUCCGUCAAUUAUUUGCUCAAGUUACUAAUCCUCCAAUUGAUCCAAUUAGAGAAUCAAUUGUUAUGUCUUUAGAAUGUUAUGUUGGUCCUCAAGGGAAUUUAUUAGAAAUGAAACCUGAUCAAUGUAAUAGAUUACUUUUAAAAUCUCCUAUUUUAUCUAGUCGUGAAUUAAAUUCUAUUAAGAAUAUUGAAAAAGUUUAUCCUAAAUGGUCAGUGGCCACUAUUGAUAUUACUUUUGAAAAAUCUCAAGGUAUUCAAGGUUAUAUUGAUACAAUUGAUAAUAUUUGUCAACAUGCUUCUAAGGCAAUUGCUGAUAAUCAUCAAGUUAUUAUUUUAACUGAUAUUGCUACUAGUAGUACCAGAUUACCAAUUGCUGCAUUGAUUGCUGUGGGUGCUGUUCAUCAUCAUUUAGUUAGACAAAAGCAACGGUCUAAAGUUGCUCUUAUUAUUGAAACAGCUGAAGCAAGAGAAGUUCAUCAUGCUUGUUGUUUAGUUGGGUAUGGUGCUGAUGGUAUUAAUCCAUAUUUAGCCAUUGAAACUUUAAUUAGAAUGAAAGAAGAAGGGUUAUUAAAGAAUGAAUCUUUAACUCCAGAAACAAUUAUUACUAAUUAUAAAGCUGCAGUUGAUGCUGGUAUUUUAAAAGUUAUGUCAAAGAUGGGUAUUUCAACUUUAGCUUCUUAUAAAGGUGCCCAAAUCUUUGAAGCUCUUGGAGUUGAUAAUUCUGUUAUUGAUAGAUGUUUUGCUGGUACCGCUUCAAGAAUUAAAGGAAUUACUUUUGAAUAUAUUGCUCAAGAUGCUUUCUCUAUGCAUGAAAGAGGUUAUCCAACCAGAGAAACCAUUAAACCAGUAACUUUACCAGAAACUGGUGAAUAUCAUUGGAGAGAUGGUGGAGAUGCUAAAAUCAAUGAACCAGCAGCUAUUGCUUCUAUGCAAGAUGCUGUUAGAAAUAAAAAUGAAAAGGCUUAUGAAGCUUAUUCUCGUAAAGAAUAUGAAGCCAUUAAGAAUUGUACUUUAAGAGGAUUAUUAGAUUUUGAUUAUGAAAAUUCUACUGCUGUCCCAAUUGAUCAAGUUGAACCAUGGACAGAAAUUGUUCGUCGAUUCUUUACUGGAGCUAUGUCUUAUGGAUCUAUUUCAAUGGAAGCUCAUUCUACUUUAGCAGUAGCUAUGAAUAGACUUGGAGGUAAAUCUAAUACGGGAGAAGGAGGUGAAGAUUCAGCAAGAUCUAUUGUUAGUGCUAAUGGUGAUACUAUGAGAUCGGCCAUUAAACAAGUAGCUUCGGGUAGAUUUGGAGUUACAUCAUAUUAUUUAGCUGAUGCCGAUGAAUUACAAAUUAAAAUGGCUCAAGGAGCUAAACCUGGUGAAGGGGGUGAAUUACCAGGAUUAAAAGUUACUGCUCAAAUUGCUAAGACUAGAAAAUCUACGGCUGGUGUCGGAUUAAUUUCUCCACCUCCUCAUCAUGAUAUUUAUUCGAUUGAAGAUUUAAAACAAUUAUUAUAUGAUUUGAAAUGUGCUAAUCCAAGAGCCAGAACUUCAGUUAAAUUAGUUUCUGAAGUUGGUGUGGGUAUUGUUGCUGCUGGUGUUGCCAAGGCAGGAUCAGAAAAUAUUUUGAUUUCUGGUGGUGAUGGUGGUACUGGAGCAGCUAAAUGGACAUCUAUUAAAUAUGCUGGUUUACCAUGGGAAUUAGGAUUAGCAGAAUCUCAUCAAACUUUAGUAUUAAAUGAUUUAAGAGGCAGAGUUAUUUUACAAACUGAUGGACAAAUUAGAACUGGUAGAGAUAUUGCUGUUGCAUGUUUAUUAGGAGCUGAAGAAUGGGGAUUUGCAACUACUCCAUUAAUUGCUAUGGGAUGUAUUAUGAUGAAGAAAUGUCAUUUAGGUACAUGUCCAGUUGGUAUUGCUACUCAAGAUCCUGAAUUACGUAAGAAAUUCCAAGGUACUCCUGAACAUGUAAUUAAUUUCUUUUAUUAUUUAUCUAAUGAAUUAAGAAGUAUUAUGGCUCAAUUAGGAUUUAGGACUAUUAAUGAAAUGAUUGGUAGAACUGAGAAAUUAAAAGUUCGUGAAGAUUUAAGAAAUACUAAGAAUGCCAAUAUUGAUUUAUCACCAAUUUUAACUCCUGCUCAUACUAUUAGACCUGGUGUUGCUACUCAUUGUGUUAGAAAACAAGAUCAUAGAUUACAUGUUAGACUUGAUAAUAAAUUAAUUGAUGAAUCUGAAGUUACUUUAGCUAAAGGUUUACCAGUUACAAUUGAUUGUGAUGUGGUUAAUACUGAUCGUACUUUAGGUACAACGUUAUCUUAUCGAGUUUCCAAAACUUUUGGUGAAGUUGGAUUACCUCAUGAUACAAUUCAUGUUAAUGCCAAAGGUUCUGCCGGUCAAUCCUUUGGUGCAUUCUUAGCUCCUGGUAUUACUUUAGAAUUAGAAGGUGAUGCUAAUGAUUAUAUUGGUAAAGGUUUAUCCGGUGGUAGAAUUAUUGUUUAUCCACCAAAGGAAUCGAAAUUUAAUGCUGAAGAUCAAAUUAUUGCUGGUAAUACUGCAUUCUUUGGGGCAACUUCGGGUAGUGCCUUUAUUAGAGGUAUUGCAGCUGAAAGAUUUGCCGUUAGAAAUUCAGGAGCCAUUAUUGUUACUGAAGGUACUGGUGAUCAUGGAUGUGAAUAUAUGUCGGGUGGUAGAGUUGUUGUUUUGGGUGGUACUGGUAGAAAUUUUGCUGCUGGUAUGUGUGGUGGUAUUGCUUAUGUAUUAGAUAUGGCACAAGAUUUUAAUACUAAAGUUAAUGCUAAAACAGUUGAAUUAUCUCAAGUUACUGAUCCUUCUGAAAUUGCCUUUUUAAGAGGUUUAAUUGAAGAUCAUCGUCAUUAUACUUCUUCAGAAGUGGCCGAUAGAAUCUUGAAUGAUUUCAAUAGAAUUUUACCAAGAUUUGUUAAAGUCUUACCAUUUGAUUAUAAGAAGGUUCUUGAAGAAGAAAAGCAAAAGGCUGAAGAAGCUAAGAAGAAUGAAUUGAAUACUUUCUUAAAAUCUAUUAAAGAAGAUCCUGAAGCUGAUGCCACUAAUGGUGAAGCAGCUAAAAUUAAAAAGGGUCAUGUUCAUACUCCCAAGACAACUUCGGCAAAACAUGGACAUAAAGAACCAAAAGUUUCUGAUGUUGAAGAUACUAUUUUAGAUAUUGAAAAUGAAAAGAAAGCUGCUGUUAAAUUAGAUAAAGUUCGUGGAUUUAUGAAGUAUAAACGUAGAAAUGAAAAAUACAGAGAUGCUAAGGAAAGAACUAAAGAUUGGAAUGAAAUGACCAAUAGAUUAACUAAAGAAGAAUUGGGUGAACAAACUGCAAGAUGUAUGGAUUGUGGUGUACCAUUUUGUACUUCAGAUACUGGAUGUCCAAUUUCUAAUGUUAUUCCAAAAUGGAAUGAAUUAGUAUUUAAAGAUAGAUGGUAUGAUGCCUUACAAAGAUUAUUAAUGACUAAUAAUUUCCCUGAAUUUACUGGUAGAAUUUGUCCUGCUCCAUGUCAAGGAGCUUGUGUAUUAGGAAUUAUUGAUGAUCCAGUUAAUAUUAAAUCAGUUGAAUGUGCUAUUAUUGAUCAUGGAUUUGAACAAGGAUGGAUUAAACCAACUCCUCCAGCUAUUAGAACUGGUAAAACUGUGGCUAUUAUUGGAUCUGGUCCAUCAGGUUUAGCAGCAGCUGAUCAAUUAAAUAAAGCCGGACAUAAAGUAACUGUUUAUGAAAGAUCAGAUAGACCAGGAGGAUUAUUAAUGUAUGGUAUUCCAAAUAUGAAAUUAGAUAAAAAGAUUGUUAAAAGAAGAACAGAUUUAUUAGCAGCUGAAGGAAUUGAAUUUAUUGUUAAUACCACUAUUGGUGAAGAUAUUACUGUUGAAGAAUUAAGAAAUACUUUUGAUGCUGUUAUCUUUGCUGUUGGAUCAACUAUUCCAAGAGAUUUAAAGAUUCCUGGUAGAGAAUUAAAGAAUAUUAAUUAUGCUAUGCAAUUAUUAACAACUAAUACCAAAGCUUUAUUAGGUGAACAAUUAGAAGAAGUUCGUAAGACUCUUGAAGGUAAAGAUGUUGUUGUUAUUGGAGGUGGUGAUACUGGUAAUGAUUGUUUAGGUACUUCAACUAGACAUGGAGCUAAAUCCGUAACUAAUUUUGAAUUAUUACCAACUCCACCAAAUGCUAGACCAAAGGAUAAUCCAUGGCCACAAUGGCCAAGAGUUUUCAGAGUUGAUUAUGGUCAUACUGAAGUUUCAACUCAUUAUGGUAAAGAUCCAAGAGAAUAUUCUAUUUUAUCUAAAGAAUUUGUUGAUGAUGGUGAAGGUAAUGUUAAAGGUAUUAAAACUGUUAGAGUUGAAUGGAAACGUUCAGAUUCUGGAGCUUGGCAAAUGGCUGAAGUUCCAGGUAGUGAAGAAUUUUUCCCAGCAGAUGUUGUAUUACUUUCAAUGGGAUUCCUUGGACCAGAAGCUGAUAAUUUAGAAGUUUCAAAGACUAAGAGAGGUACUAUUAAUACUGUUGAUCCAAAUGCUUAUCGUGUUAGUCAAGAUGGUAACCUUUUCGCUGCUGGUGAUUGUAGAAGAGGUCAAUCAUUAGUUGUUUGGGGUAUUCAAGAAGGUAGACAAUGUGCAAGAGAAGUUGAUAAUUAUUUAAUGGGUUCAACUAGAUUACCAGGUAAUGGAUCUAUUGAACAAAGAAAUUAUAAUUUAUUAGAAGAAUUGGCUGAAAAGGUCUAAACUAAAUUGGGGGAUUUAGUUGAUCAUGUGUUUUAAUUCUUUUAAUGGAUAUUUCAUUCGUUUUUUUUUAUAUAGCUCGUUAUCGGUAUUAUUUAAAUAUAUCAAAUGUAUAAUUUUAUAAAAUUUAAAUAUA